GCAGGGAUCAAACUCAACAGACUCUUCAGACUGUGAACACUGAGACUGAGCGGCCAGUACUGGAGAGGAGAGAACUACUGCCAGGAACGUCUGGAGCACAGAGCUGGAGCUUUUUCACUUUGACACCAGUGACAGAGAGGACAGCUGCUGUUGGAGAUGCCUGGACUGUCACUGCAGGAGCAGCAUCCCUCCAAUUUGGGAACUUUUCACUGUCCUGAGAGCUUGAGAGUUACUGGGGAAGUUUGAUCUGAGAGGCACAAAUAUUGGGAGGAUUUCUGCCUCAGUUUGGAGUUUGGCACACUUGAAGAGGAUCAGUUGUUGGGUAACAAACUCCAGAGUAACUAACUCCAGGAUGAAGAUUAAUCUCCUCUGCUUGGAGUUACUCUUCUUGGCCGGUUACAUCCUUGUGGCCGACGGGCAGCUGGAGCCUAAGAAACAAACGCCCCAGGACCUUCUCGCUGUCACCCAGAGACUCGGCCUCGUAGAGAGAGAUGUGCAGGGUCCGGUGAGGCCUAACAUCACUAAGCCCCGCCGUCGGCUACCUCCCAUGUGCACUGGGCCCACGGAAAUCCGAGACACCUUUAAGUACAUCAACACGGUGGUGUCCUGCCUGGUGUUUGUCGUGGGUAUUAUCGGUAACUCCACUCUGCUGAGAAUCAUCUAUAAGAAUAAGUGCAUGCGUAACGGACCCAACAUCCUGAUCGGCAGCCUGGCGCUCGGAGACCUGCUGCACAUCAUCAUCGGCAUUCCUAUUAAUGUUUACAAGCUCCUGGCAGAAGACUGGCCCUUUGGAGUGACGCUGUGCAAGCUGGUCCCGUUUGUCCAGAAGGCCUCAGUGGGGAUCACAGUGCUGAGCCUGUGUGCUUUGAGUAUUGACAGGUAUCGUGCCGUGGCCUCGUGGAGCCGCAUCAAAGGGAUCGGAGUUCCAAAGUGGAUGGCCAUUGAGAUAGCGCUCAUCUGGAUAUUAUCCAUCAUCCUGGCUGUGCCAGAGGCAAUUGCCUUCGACAUGAUCACCAUGGACUACAAAGGAGAACACCUGAGGAUCUGUUUGCUGCACCCCAUGCAGAAAGGCGACUUUAUGAAGUUCUAUAAAUCAGCGAAGGACUGGUGGCUGUUCAGUGCAUAUUUCUGCCUGCCGUUGGUCUGCACUGCUAUUUUCUACACCCUGAUGACCUGUGAGAUGCUGAGGAAGAAGAAUGGAGUCCAGAUAGCUCUCAGUGACCACCUCAAACAGCGAAGGGAGGUGGCGAAGACAGUGUUCUGUCUGGUUCUGGUCUUCGCUCUGUGCUGGCUGCCUCUGCACCUCAGCCGUAUCCUGAAGCUCACCAUCUACGACGAGAAAGAUCCGAACCGCUGCGAACUGCUCAGUUUCUUUUUGGUGUUGGACUACAUCGGCAUCAACAUGGCUUCUGUUAACUCCUGCAUCAACCCAAUCGCCCUCUACAUGGUCAGCAAGCGCUUCAAGAACUGCUUCAGGUCGUGCCUGUGCUGCUGGUGCCUGCCGGCUGAGAUGUUGAUGGAUGAGAAGCAGUCGUGCAUGAAGCUCAAAGUCACCGAACGGGCCUCCGACCAGAGCAACUCCCGCAUGACCAACAAGUCCACCACAGCCUGAGGAGGGGCGUAGAGGUGAGAGAGGAGGAGUUAUGAUGACAAAGAAACAUAAAUAUUGAAGUAUGGAUGACUGAAUGAGGAUAAGUGCCCUUUCUUGCCUCAUCUUCAACAUAAUAUGAAGUCUUCUUCAACUUUUACCAGACUUCUUUUUGGAAAUCAGUGAGAUGAAGCUCCUUCUAACCUAAAACUUUGAGCACUUGCCAUAACGGACUGCUGCACACUCUCCCCGUCACAGAAGAAAUACGCACCAGUUGUAGUUGUAAAGCUGUAUCCUUGGAUAACAAGUGUGUGUGUGAAGCAGCCAGAGACAGCGAGAACUGAGCAGGGGCGAAGUUCAGAGAAAGUGUUAUUUCUAAAAUUGGGGGUCAAGGGUCGAUUAGCAAAGACAGCUCAUCAGGCUCGCAGCCUGGAUACUGAAUGUUACUUUGAAUGAUUCCUGCAAUAAGUUCUGAUUUGUACGGACUAUAUUAAAAGCGUGACGCUGUGUCACAGGUUGCUGCCACACACUGCAGCAGCCUGGACGAGUAUAAACAGUGAAUCUAAUGCUCUUGUUUGAUGUUGUUUACGUUAUUUUGUUACAUAUUUCCUUUAUUAUAUAUAUGUAUGUGUCGAUUUGUUACAUUAGAGGCUUUAAAGGGACAGUUCACCCCCAAAUCAAAAGUACAUAUUUUUCCUCUUACCUGUAGAGCUGUUUAUCAGUCUAGAUCUGGUGUGAGCUGCAGAGUGUGUUAGCGAUAUCGGCCGUAGAGAUGUCUGCCUUCUCUCCAAUAUAAUGGAACUAGAUGGCACUCAGCUUGUGGUGCUCAAAGCGUAAAAAAAAAUACAUUUGAAAAACUCAACAUCAGCGUCUCUUUCCAGAAAUCAUGACCUGGUUACUCAAGAUAAUCCACAGACCUUGUUGUGAGCAGUUUCAUGCAGGAGCUAUUUUCUUUCUACUGAACUACACCUGCAGACUGUAUCACUGAGUAGGAGGUGAUACGAUCUCCAACACUCAGCUCACUAUCUUGACCGAUAAAUAGAAGACAGGUGGGAGAAAAAAAUAUGUGUUUUUGAUUUUGGGGUGAACUGUCCCUUUAAAUGUAUCAUCUCUGUGUUAUUUUCACACUAGUUAAUGAACUACUGAUGUUGUGUGAUUUCAGCUGUGUGACUAUAUUGUAUUAUAUUGUUCAGUAUUGGGCCUGUUGGGCAUACAUUUUGUGACUGUGUCUGCUCCAAACUCGUUCUCACUCCCAGCUCAUCAAAUAUCACUGCUUUGUCGUUGAUUUCGGCAUCAGAUACUGAGGUAGCUUUCACAGCGGUAUGAUACAGCUAUUUCUGACAACGGAACUCAUCCAAUUUGUCCGUGGAUCUUGGCCUCAGGUACCAACACACCGAAACACUAUUUAAGACAGUGUGAUACGCACCGGGCAGCAGCUAGUUCUGAUGCCUCUGUCAACUACCAUAGUAUGAGGUGUAAGAAAGCCCGUAUAAGAUGGGUGAAAGGGGAGGUGGAGUUCACCAAGGAGCCCACUGUUCAUUUCCUGUGUGAAACAUUAGGUCAGUAAAGUUAUUUCAAUAACAAGGUAGAGUGCUAGAAUGUUUAGCAUGCUACAUUGGUAACGUAUAACCCUGUUUCCACCAAGCAGUACGGUACAGUUCGGUACACAUUUUUUCUGUUUCCACUGUGAAAAGUUGUCCCCAUUUUUGGUCCCCCCUCUGUUGGGGUACCUAGAACACAGAUUUGGUGCUAAAAGGUGGAGCUGUGAACACUGCAGUCUGUUGAUUGGUCAAUAGCGGACAGUCACUCUGCUCAGGGCUGAGUUGUGGCUGGUUUUGAGGCUCAUGUAACCACUGUUCAUACCGUGGAGAGUUUUAUUAGACUGUAUCUUUAAAAUGAAAGGAUGUUUUGCUGCCUCUCACAGCAGCUGGAGUCUGAGAAUAUAAUAACUUUUAAGGUGAAAUGUUAACUUGUAAUGUUACUCAAUGCAUGAGCUGACGACGUGAAUCCAUCAGCACACCUUAAGUUUCACUUGGAGAAUAAAAAGCAUGGCGGAGCGUCAAUCCUGUGGCUACGGCAACACUAAACCCCUGAGCUUGUCUGAGAAGGACUAAAUGCACAAACCUGUUAUUUUUAAAUAUCCCAUGGAGAGAGACUCUCACUGCAGCCUGUUCUGUUUUGUUCUGAAAAUGUUGGCGUGCAACCUCGUUUUGUGGACAAUAAAUGAGGUGCAGACUUCCAUCUGUGUCACUGCUGAAGAGUUGGGAAACACAGCAAGUGCUGGACAGAGCAGUGAGUGACAGCAACCCCGCCCACAUUUAAGAGUUCUGUUUACGGUGGAUCACUAAACAGACCUAGGGUCUAGGUACCAUAUCUGAAGGGUUACUUUUUGUUUAAGGUACCAUACCAAAAGUGUUUGGUGAAAAUGGGGCUUAUGUUUCAUGAUGUAUGUAACGUGACAUGAUGUUAGUAAGAACCAUAUUUAUUUCAGGCCAAGCCAUGAUGUUUUUUCUAAACCUAACCAGGGACUUUUGUUCCCUUGUUCACUAAACAAGUCUUUUACCUGCAUGGUAAGUUUAGUUUGAAAAAGACUGCGUUCAUGUAACGAGCAGAAACUAUAAAUUUCCUGUGAAAAUGGAAGUGUAUUUUGAAAAGACAUGCAUAAAUUGACACGGCGUCACUGAGCAUCCAAAACUGACGAAGGAGGCCACGUAGCUUGUCAUAUUUUGACAUUUAAAACCACUGACAAACUGGCAGAUUUGACAAGUUGGGAUGAGAACCUGUUGUUGCUCCACAUUAUCUUAAUCUCACUCCUUACCUGAGCAGGUAUGACAAGAGGUAGGAGUUUGUUUUUGCAAUAAAUAAUAAAAAU